AAAUUUAACCAAGUUGUGAUUUGGGAUAAGAUCAUCUUGCGUGGAGACAGUGCAGUUCUACACUAUCAUGGCAUGAACACCAAGUAUUACUUCUUUGAUGAUGGUCUUGGACUCAAGGGAAACAAGAAUGUCAGCCUCUAUUUAUCAUGGAAUGUUAUCCCAAAUGCUGGUAUUCUGCCUUUAAUAAGCCAAGAGAACAAGUUUUAUUUCGAUUUCCCAGAAGAAUACACUGUCAACAGGGCUGGCUUUGAUUACUAAACUUAUUUAAUCGGUGGGCAUUUUAAGUCCAAAUGCCACAAGAGUAAACACUUUGGAGUUGUGCCUAGUACAUAGAGGGCCAGUUAUUUCAACAAAGUUUAGUCAUUGUUUAACAAAACCAUGUUCUAAACUUUCUUGAAUUUAGUUGAAUCUUCUAUUCCAACAUUUAUUUUUGUGAACAUUGUCAAGAAGGCCAGAAGUUAGUGGAAGGACAUUUGUGUAAUGAGAACAACCCUUUAUUAGAGAAUAUGUAAGGCCCACUUCAUGCAUAAAACUGUACUUUGGGUUAGACCUUGUAUAAAUAACCAGCCCACAGAGUUUCCUUGUUUAAAAACACUACCAUGAUCUUCAUUGUAAACACAACUUCAGUACAGACUACCAUUUUGUAAGAAGUGGUUGAGCCCUAUGUUUACCAUUUGAUUAACCUGAAUGAUAUUUUUGUUUUGUUUCAUAUUUAUGUCUUAGUAGUGAAAGUUCUCUGUCAUGUUAGCACUACAACUGACUUUAUUUUCAAGUUCCCUGAUCUUGUAUUUGUGUUGUUAAAAAGUCCAUUUUGAUUUCAUUCAAUCAGUGGAAGUUUACUAUGGUUUAUCAUUGUUUUGGCAUCCUAUCUUUUAAGUCAUCUUGUGUCAUUAAUAGUGUAAUAUGUUACAUAAAAGCCAUUGAAAUAGUUUUACAACAAUGUACUGUAUCAGAAAGACCUCCUGCACUGGAUGAGGUGUUCAUGUACUGACAAAAGGUUCUGAACCACAGAGAAGUGACCUCAUCACAAGUUAUUUGUCUCAAAAAAUUAAAUAAAUAAAAAUUAAUCAGCAUCAAGAAGAGGUCUUCUCUGACUUGCAUAGAAGUAACAAUAAUACAAAGUGGAUUUUAAAAAGUUGCUAAUGAAUAAAAUCAUUGGAGAGAAA